UAUUUCUUCCCCAACCGCCAAUUUUUAAUUUGAUAUUGUCCCUAUCCCGGCGCAUUCCGGGAACUCUGCCGCCAAGAUCCGGCGGCGACUGGCAAUUUUCGCACACUGCGAUCAUGAGCAGUCUGGUCGAGAGGCUUCGAGCAAGAACAGAUCGCAAGCCCAUCUACAGCAUUGAUGAAUCAGACGAUGAAGCUGAUAUUUUGCCCGGGAAACACGAGCCAACUCAGGAAAAGUUUGAGAGGAUAGUCAGAAGUGAUGCGAAAGAAAAUAGUUGUCAAGCUUGUGGAGAAAAUGGAGAUAUUUUAAACUGUGAAACAUGCAAUUAUGCCUAUCAUCCUAGGUGUUUACUUCCACCACUUAGAGCUCCUGCUCCAGACAAUUGGAGGUGCCCUGAAUGUGUUAGCCCACUUAAUGAUAUUGAUAAGAUAUUAGACUGUGAGAUGCGCCCUACUGUAGCUGAUGACAGUGAUGCCACAAAACUGGGGUCAAAACAAAUUUUUGUCAAACAAUAUCUUGUUAAGUGGAAGGGGCUAUCAUAUCUCCAUUGCACAUGGGUGCCAGAAAAGGAGUUUCUGAAAGCCUUCAAAUUACAUCCUCGCCUAAAGACGAAAGUAAAUAACUUCCAUCGUCAAAUGUCAUCAGUUAAUACUUCUGAUGAAGACUAUGUUGCCAUUCGACCUGACUGGACAACUAUUGAUCGGAUUAUUGCUUGCAGGGGUGACGAUGAUAAGGAAUAUCUUGUGAAAUGGAGAGAGCUUUCAUAUGAUGAAUGCUAUUGGGAGUUUGAGUCUGAUAUUUCUGAGUUUCAGGCAGAAAUUGAAAGAUUCAAUAGAUUUCAGUCUAGGUCUAGGAAACUCGUUUAUUCUAAUAAGCAGAAAGGCAAUGUUAAGGAUGGCGCAGAACUGAUGAAGCAUCAGAAAGAAUUUCAUCAGUAUGAGCAUAGCCCUGAAUUUCUUUCAGGGGGUACCCUACAUCCAUAUCAACUUGAAGGCUUAAACUUUUUACGUUUCUCGUGGUCUAAGCAAACUCAUGUUAUACUUGCUGAUGAAAUGGGACUUGGCAAAACCAUACAAAGUAUUGCUUUCUUGGCAUCUCUUUUUGAAGAAAAUGUUUCUCCACACUUGGUGGUUGCUCCACUUUCAACAUUGCGAAACUGGGAACGUGAAUUUGCAACUUGGGCACCACAAAUGAAUGUUGUUAUGUAUGUUGGAUCUUCCCAAGCCCGUGCCGUUAUACGUGAGUAUGAAUUUUACUUUCCAAAGAGCCAGAAGAAGUUAAAGAAAAAGAAAUCUGGUCAAAUAGUCAGUGAAAGCAAGCAAGAUAGGAUCAAAUUUGAUGUCCUCUUGACAUCAUAUGAGAUGAUCAACCUUGACACAUCAUCAUUGAAACCUAUAAAGUGGGAGUGCAUGAUAGUUGAUGAAGGUCACCGUCUCAAAAAUAAGGAUUCAAAGUUAUUUUCUUCACUGAAGCAAUAUUCUAGCCGACAUCGUGUGCUUUUGACUGGCACUCCUCUGCAGAACAACUUGGAUGAACUUUUUAUGCUCAUGCACUUCCUUGAUGCUGGGAAGUUUGGAAGUUUAGAGGAAUUUCAGGAAGAGUUCAAGGACAUCAAUCAAGAGGAGCAGAUUUCAAGGCUUCACAAAAUGUUGGCCCCCCAUCUUCUUAGAAGGGUCAAGAAAGACGUCAUGAAGGAAUUACCUCCGAAAAAGGAACUUAUUUUACGUGUUGAAUUAAGCAGCGAACAGAAAGAGUAUUAUAAGGCAAUUUUGACCCGUAAUUAUCAGAUAUUAACUCGUCGUGGUGGAGCUCAGAUUUCUCUUAUCAAUGUUGUUAUGGAGUUGCGAAAGCUCUGUUGUCAUCCUUACAUGUUAGAAGGAGUUGAGCCAGAUAUUCAAGAUGCAAAAGAAUCUCACAAAAAGCUGCUGGAAUCAUCAGGGAAGUUGCAAUUGUUAGACAAAAUGAUGGUGAAGCUUAAAGAGCAAGGGCAUAGAGUCCUCAUAUAUUCACAAUUUCAGCGCAUGCUGGACUUGCUUGAAGAUUACUGUUCUUACAAGAAGUGGCAGUAUGAAAGGAUAGACGGCAAGGUUGGUGGAGCUGAAAGACAAGUACGAAUAGAUCGGUUUAAUGCCAAAAAUUCUUCAAGAUUUUGUUUUCUUCUUUCUACUAGAGCUGGGGGAUUGGGGAUAAACCUUGCAACAGCUGACACAGUUAUUAUAUACGAUAGUGAUUGGAACCCGCAUGCUGAUCUACAAGCCAUGGCUAGGGCUCAUCGACUUGGACAAACUAAUAAGGUGAUGAUUUACAGGCUUGUAACACGGGGAAGCAUUGAAGAAAGAAUGAUGCAGAUGACGAAGAAGAAAAUGGUGCUAGAACAUCUUGUUGUUGGAAGGCUAAAAUCUCAAAAUAUUAACCAGGAGGAGUUGAAUGAUAUUAUAAGGUAUGGCUCCAAGGAGUUAUUUGCUGAUGAGAACGAUGAAGCAGGCAAAUCACGCCAAAUCCACUAUGAUGAUGCUGCCAUAGAUAGACUGCUGGAUCGGGAACAAGUUGGUGAUGAAGAGGCUACAAUGGAUGAUGACGAGGAUGGAUUUCUGAAGGCUUUUAAGGUGGCGAAUUUCGAAUAUAUUGAUGAAGUCGAGGCUGCAGCCGAGGAGGCAGCGAAAAAGAGAGCUAUGGAGAAUGAAUCCGCUGUGGCAAGCACAGAAAGAGCAAAAUACUGGGAAGAGUUGUUAGGAGACAGAUAUGAAAUGCAUAAGGUUCAAGAGUUGGACGCCUUGGGCAAAGGGAAGCGGAGUCGUCACAAGCAGAUGGUCUCUGUUGAGGAUGAUGAUCUUGCUGGUCUGGAAGAUGUAAGCUCUGAUGGUGAUGACAAUGUUGAUGCGGAGCUUACUGAUGGUGAUUCAAAUUCGAAUGGAACUAUUUCUAAAAGACCUUAUAAAAAGAGAGCCCGUGCGGAUAGCACAGAGCCACAUCCUCUGAUGGAAGGUGAAGGAAAAUCAUUUCGAGUGCUUGGUUUUAAUCAGAAUCAGAGAGCUGCAUUUGUGCAAAUUCUGAUGAGGUUUGGGAUGGGUGACUAUGACUGGAAGGAGUUCACUUCCCGAAUGAAACAGAAGACUUGUGAAGAAAUCAAAGCAUAUGGAAUCCUUUUCCUCAAUCAUAUUAUUGAAGAUAUAACCGAUGCCUCUACAUUCUCAGAUGGCGUUCCAAAAGAAGGACUUAGAAUUCAGGACGUACUUGUGAGGAUUGCGAUUCUGGGCUUGAUAAGGGAAAAGGUGAAGUUUGCAUCAGAAAACCCUCGGACUCCGCUCUUUUCAGAUGAAGUCUUAUUUCGCUAUCCCAGUUUGAAGGGUGCAAAGUUUUGGAAGGAGGAGCACGAUUUAGUGCUGCUGCGUGCUGUGUUGAAGCACGGAUAUGGAAGGUGGCAAGCUAUUGUUGAUGAUAAGGAUCUGAAGAUUCAUGAGAUCAUCUGUCAGGAGUUGAACCUUCCCUUAAUAAAUAUACCAGUACCAGGACAAGUAGGCUCUCAGGCACAAAAUAAUGCAAAUUUGUCCAACGCAGAAGCAGCCAGCAAUCAAUCUCAGGAAAAUGAUGGGAGUGUCAAAGCACCUGAUGGUGCGCUUGUUUCUGGGGAUGCUAGGAGCCAAUCACUUUUAUAUCAAGAGUCCUCCAUAUUAUAUCAUUUUAGAGACAUGCAAAGAAGACUGGUUGAGUUUAUAAAAAAGAGGGUGCUUCUCUUGGAAAAAGGGGUCAAUGCAGAGUAUCAGAAAGAAUGCUUAGGUGAAGUAAAAGUAAAUGAAGUAACAAACAAUGGACUUAAUUGUGAACGCAAGGCUGCAGGUGUGCCUGCUAAUAAAUCAGGGGAGACAGACACCCAAAUGUCUGAUCAGCUGCCUCAAGUGGAAGCUAUAGCUUCAGACGGGAUUUCUGUUGCUGAUAGUGAUCCAAAUCGUUUGGAAUUGAUUCGGCUUUACAAUGAGAUGUGUAAAGUCAUGGAAGAAGACAUCGAUGCAAGAAAACCAGCAGAAGUUGACGUGAAGAAAUUGCUGGCAAUAGAGCCCAUUUGUGAAGACAUCAGCAGAAUUCUAACACCCUUGCAGGAAAGUCACCCUUCGGAAGAAAAGCCAUUAUUGAUUCCAGAGAAUAAAUCAGAGGUUUCGCCACAAAAUGAAAUUGUGGUUUCUCAAGAUGGCAAACCUAAAUCAGUAGGUGACGGGAGAACAGAUCUGGUGAUGGAGGAUCAACUUGCAAAAGAAAACAACACGGGCCCUGUCGAAGAGAAGGAAACACCGAGUCCUGUAGAAACAAUGGGAAGUGAUGUAGAAAUGAACGAAGCUGAGAAUGAUGCUGAACUGAAUGAAAAGAAAGAAAAAUCUGACGCAGACGUCAUCUUGUUGGAUGAUUAAAAGCAAUACCGAAUAGACAACUAUUUCAUACCUUAGCUCGAUAGUUUAUCUGGGGUUAGAGGGGGAAAUAAGUAAGUACGGCAUAGCUACUAGUCAAGAAAUAUUUUCCUUUGAAAGCUCUGUGGAAACUGUCCAUAAAAAUUAGCGUGUAGCUUUUCUAGGCAUUGAACAACGUAUGAUCCAUCGUAUAUUCUCGCUACCCAGUUUUCGCUGUCCCAUGUAGACUCGGAAGCUCAUCGGCCUUAACAGCUAAAGUGCUUGAGUACUCAGGAAACUCAUCUCAUUGGAACCUUUGGGAAGCAGUCCUAAGGUGGAAGUAUUCUUGUUCAUUGAAGAACAUUUUUUUUUUUAUCAAAGAACAGUAUUUUGACCGUGUACAUAUCCAUAAAUUAGAUGAAAUUAAUAUUAUGUGAUAGCGUGAACGUAAUUGGCUAUA